GCUACUACUACUACCUCCUCAAAACUGUUAUGAGAACAACAGAACUUAUUAAGCCUGGGCAUCUGUGAGUUUGUGUCCCAACCUAUACACCAGUGCAAAACUGCUGGUUCAUCUCUAUGUUCUACUUAACAGCUCUAUUGGACAGGAAAGAACAAUUGUGAUGCCAGUCUGCAGCUGUAUGUGUAUGGGUUCGUUGACUGUCUCAGGCUUGCUGGCACAUAUAUAGCAGCUGAGUUUUGCCUGCCUUUUUCCUUAAUGGAAAGCUCUAAUUUUGGUCUUUCUUCUCUCUCCAGCUGCCAGAUCCCUGAAACUUAUAAAAAUAUAAUUAUCUGUGAGACUUCAGCCCUUCUUUCAAAAUUGGUUAAAAUUAGCUAGAGAGAAAAUUCACUAAAGGGAGCUGACAGACAGGAAAUCAGGCCAAAAAUACAUCAGCCAUCAUGUCAGUUCUGGGUGUCAUGGGUAGCUGUUAAUUUAAUACCAUGUUUCUCCCAGGCCGGCCUGUGGAGAUAGCCAUGCUGGUGUUCAGGAGGUGUGAUUACUCUGUACCUGUUUCAGUGAUGAGGUCCUUAAAAGCAUUCAAAGCACCCCUCAGCUCUUAGCAUCCCUUCACGCUCUCAGAAGGUGCUCGGCAACCUAGGGUUGUUUGUUCCUUGUGAAUCUGGGGACACAUCAGCCUGCCUGUUCAAGACAGGUGGGGCUUGCUUGGCGCCAAGAGCUUCAGGUAAGAGCAGAAAGGAUGCUCUUUCUGGAACUCCUUUCUGGAAAAAGAUUUGGGACCUCAUCACCCACCCUCUGCGCAAACUGGUGUUGCUGUUAUGGCCGAAAUAACCUUUCUGUCCAGACCAGAGUUAACUCAUUAAGGCCUCUCCCUUUUCUAGCUAUAUUUAUUUUCUAAGAUGCAGUCCUAUGCUCUUAAGUCCUUGGUACGACACCCCUGUGUGUCUAGCUCUGCCACCCUCAUAGUAUAAUGUCUUGCAUGGGCUUAUCACAGAGAUAGCAUUCUGUGCAUGGGGGGAUUACCAAUUUUAGGCCUUACUGCUGCAGAGGACCCGUAUGCCCAGGUUUAAUUUUGUGCCUGGGAGCACUUUUGUUGAGAUCAGCCCUACUUAAAAUCAGUAGGCAUCUUUGCCUAUAGAGAAUCAGGCUGCAUAGGUUGGUCCCCUGGCUGGGGCUUUUUGCAAAGUUUGUUCAACACACUGUACCUGUAAAGACACCACAGCUGCUGUCCCAGUGGUGCAAAGGUGAUAUUGGUGUUACUUGCCUUUUCAAGGUUUCCUGCACUGCUGAAGACUGAAAAAAAUUAUGUAUUUCUCUACUGCGUAGUGCAGUUUGUUGAAGAGAAUUCAGAGAGAGCUCUAAACUACUUAGCUGUAAGUAUUUUAAGCAAUAUAGCUGCAUUAGCACAGAGCUCAGCUGGGUAAAUUAGCAUUGUGCAGCAUAGACAUACCCUAAAUUUCUACUAUGGUUUCCUCGGUGACAUUUUUUCAAACCACAGCUUGACAACAAAAUAUGAUUUUUUUUUUAAUUUUUUUUGGCCCUUCCAAAACACUGUGCUAGAAAAGCUUGCAUACAUCUUUCUUUUUUAUUAUCUCGCUAUCUUCUCUUCUAAAAUAAGUUCUAAGCUGACUGCCUCAGAUUAUUUCAUUCUGCUUUUUUUAAUUGGAGGUAUCUUCCCGUUCAUCUGAGCCCAGAAUGCCAGUAACCGAACUGUUUCCACUGGGGCAUAGAAAAUGCACCUCUACAUUUAUAUAAACUAUUGGUUCAGUUCCCUCAUGAUGAAAGAGUAGACACAAUCGGGAAAGAAAUGGAGAUCAAACAUGGUGUCUCUCUAUAAAUCUAUGCAAUUCUAUCCAGAAAGUAGUAAGACUGGAAAAUGCUCAGGAAAUGGCAAGGAAUAUGAUAGAUGUUGUAGUUUUUUUAUGGCAGGAGAAUAAGUAGCAUUCUUCAGUUUGGGGGGAAGAAAAGUAACUGGAGGGACACUUGAGAGGUACCACAGAGGUUUGCUGUGAACUGCAUGGAGAAAGUAAGUAAAGAACUGCUACGGGCAGCCACAGUCCGGGAAUAUCCAGUGAAAUUCACUGGCAAGCAAAUUUACAGGUCUUCAAGGAAGAACCUUCCUUGCAGUGAUUGAUAAGUAGUGAAAAUUAUUGCCGCAGCAUGUGGGUGAGAUAUUUAAAAAGCAUCAGAACGGGAUUAGACGGCAUGGAUUAAGAAAAUUGCCUUGGUGGUAGUUCAGCAAUGAUUAAGGAGUUUAGUGGGUGAAAGUCAGGAGGGCAAGGAUGUCUUCUUGUUCUCAAAGGGAAAAUAAAUCAUUCCCCUUUGCCAUUCUAUGGCACUAAAAUGACUCUAGCUGUGACGGCAAAUGUAGUAUUUUACAGAGUGUAGAUUCUUAAGCUAAAAUGUUGAAAAGCAAGGGAGAAAGAUGUAAAACAUGACUGUCAGAGGUGUAUAUUCUCAGUCUCCCAGAGGAUGAGUAACAUAACUGUACCAAUUUUGGGAAGCCUGUAGGAAAAUGAAAACUGCUACAGUAGAGACUGAUCCCUGUCCUGAUAUACCUCCCCUGCAUCCCACUGUCAGGUGCUCAGGGAACUCCUGAGAUGAAAGUUACAUCAGGAUUGCUUUGUCUAAUGUACUACAGUUGUUAUUUUAGACCUUUGUAAGGGCAGGGAAAAAAUGACAGCCAGCGAAGAUCAUAGGGAUGUACAUAAGGCUUCAGUUCCACAGCUGUUUAAACAUCCUGCAUAAGGUUCUUUUUCGAGUCACUUGCUAAGGAGAGGGUGUUUUUACAAGGAAGUUCUGGGUUCAGUUCAAAAUGGACUACACUCAGUGCCUGUUGAAGUCUUACAUAGCUGCCUUUUCUUUACAGGCAGUUUGCUGUGACAUUUAAUGGUUAUGUGGUGAAUUUUUUCUUCCCGGCUGCACCAUCCCAAGAAUUUGAUGAAUGCAUUGAGCAAAAAUCCUGUGUAGUCAGCAUUUCCCAGUGAGGUGGUGGGAGAUGAAGUUUUAAGCUUAUGAUUGAUAUAUGGGUUUUGGAGUUGAUGCAUGUUUGGGGGAGUAAAUACAAAGGUUCUGGGGUCAGCUAAUUUCUGCUCGUUUGAAUGGUCAUUCUGGGACAGAACAAUUAUCAGGAAUUGGACUGCAGAUAGUGAAAAUUAGAUGGGCUGCUGCAAUACACAGGGCUUGUAGUUGGCUAAAAAGAUAACUGACAUAAGAAAUCUGAUCCCUGAUCUUAGUUAUGUGUGAACAGUCAAGAAUAGUGUUAUUUUUGCUAGAAGAGUUUGUUCUAGCUCUGUCUUUAUACCUGGCAGCGAGGCAGUAACUCUCAGACACAAAUCAGAAACACCCACACACAGCCCUUGAUUGCUUCUUUUUCAACUCACCAUGCAAUUGCCAUAUGUGAAUCUAGCAAGUGACACUUUCUAAUGUAAAGCACUAUCACUUUCCUAAAGGUACAAGCUUAAAUAGACUGUUUGAUUGUGUAAAUGAAACCAAUAGCAAGUCUAGAAUGUGAAGAAAGAUGGACUUCUAAUAGGACAAGUGUUCUCUACUAAUAACAAAUGAUAAUUAUUGAUAUUGGUAGCAAAAGGCCAAGAAUUUAGGUGUCAAAGAAGCCUGGAUUCCUGCAUGCAUGCAAAAUAAAGCCUAGUGAAGGAAGGAUAUCUUGAAACUCCCUGCUUUAUGAAAGGCAAGUUGUCCUCAUCCUUUUCUGAUUUCAUCCUCUGCCUGUUCUGCUUCUGAGAUGGUCAACGUACAGAGCAGGGCAGAGCAGGGUAAUCCUAUCUGAUCCUUCACUUACAGCAUUUUUUCCCAUUAUCUUGAGACUCAUCUUUCAGAGAUCCUCUGAGCAUCCCAGCAAUAUCUGUACAACAAACUGAGUCUGCUUGUACAGGGAAUAAAAAAGUGAGGAGGCCUGGGGAAUGUCCACACUAAAACAGCAGCUCUUCUUCAGAAAUGAUCCAGAGCGAGCAUGUGCAGGCACUGCAGGGCUGAACGAGAUGGAUUUGGGUCUGGAUCUCCAAAGCAAUGACAGGAUGUUGGCUGAGGGCCCCAAGAAUCUGCCAACGUACAAAGACUAGAUCAAGCAUGGUGCUGAGAUAUAGAGACCCUAGAGGGAUCUCCACUGUGCUUCUUUUUUGCGUGAGAGAGUAAAGGACACUGGCUCAUUUGAGAUCCCUAGACAUGUUAAAAAAUAGUGGAAGAAAAAAGUACAAGAAAACACACUCACGGAACUGCUGAGGUGACGUAACCAGAGCAGAUACAGAGGUUGGGACCUUCCCCACAGGUACUUGUGCAUUUCCAGGAGCUCAGCAUCGUGCCAAACCUUGGGGACUGGGAGAACAACUGAAUGAUGAACUUAACACUGUUACUGGUUUGACUCCCACCUGAACUCUACCAGUGAAAUCUAUAUCAUCCUGACAAGAAAUCAGCUGCUGCCUGAAACCUCUGACUUUGAGAACAUUCUGCAGUUGGAAAAUCACAUGUACCUGCAACCCUCCAGAGGAGAAAGUGAUUCAAAGGCUCUUCUUCAACUCUGAUGGGAAGUGGAGAACCAGACUUCAGGUGAAAAUUGGAGAGGGCUUUGGUGCCAGCAAGAUGUCCUUUGAGGUAGCUGCAGCUCAAACAACUGUUGAAAUGAGCAGAGCCAGAGUUUGACUGGAAGCCGAUAAAAAGAGUAGCUCGGGUCAGUUAAUCUACUGUAUUACAUGUGGGGGAUCUAUGAUAUGAUACUAUCUCUGCCUGCUCUGAAAUACUGAAAGUGAAGCGAUAAAGUCUUUAAACGUAACCUUGACUGAAAAGUAGCUGGUGGGGUUUGCUCAGUGGUACUGCUGUGGGACUUGGGAAACUACCCUUGGAGAAUGAUGGAAAUAGUGAGAGAAAUACUCGUGUAGCAGCUAACUGGAGGGAUCUUUGGGGAGGGAUCUUUGGGUAUGGAAAAGGAUGCCAAGUUGUUUAAGGAUAUGAAACAUUUUCUGUCCAAGUAGCAGCUGAGUAGAGUUGGACUCUGCAGCCCAUCACAUCAGCGAUGGAGUGCCAUGGCAGACGUUGAAAAACAUCACGAAUCCGAUCUGCAAAUCAGCAAGUGACUCAAGAUUUUUAUAAUUCUUAAAUGCCAUUUAGACAUCCCAAAGCCUGGGGAGAUUUCCUGUGCUUUAUACCUGAGCCAUCACCUUUCCUUCCCAAAGAGAAUUUCAGUGCCAAAGUGAUAAUGCUUCAGUACUCCACUGAUGCAGCAGAAAUGAGUGAAGUGAACUGUAAUUAUUAAAAGAGGAAAUAUCACAUGAGUUUAAAAGAUUAAAAAAAAACCACAACAACCCUCGCACUUUGUUGGAAGUGAUCUCGUCCAUCUUUUUCCCCACUUUCAUCACAAACAAAACACAUGUACUUGCAAUCUCCUUUCCCCAGUUCUUAAUGAGAGAAGCCUUCAGUGGGUAGUGAAAAAACUAAAAACUUUCAGUCUAGCUGCACAGGAGAGGGUAUUAACUUGUCAGAGUUAUUUUAUGGCAUCCCAGCAAGGGUACAAGGUUGAGGUAUUUUCUGAAAGAUAACUCUGUGUUUUUCCUUUAACUUCCUCUGACUUCUGAGAAUUCUGGCGUAAUUGUUCAUUUCACAAAUCUUGAGGUGUACCAGAAAAAUUUCUUGCCCUGAGGUCAAGAUUCAGUUGUGUUGUGUCAUCGUUGAAGCCUGUUCUCAUUUCUAGUCUUGGCAGGCUGGCUAUCUGGCUUCAGUGAAGUCAAUCAGUAUGACCUCCAGUCCAGAUCUGGAGAUACAGGCAGAAAGUCCACAAGGUUAAACUGGAUUAUUUGAAAUCAAAUCUGAAUAUCAUAAAUACAUGUCUGUAGCUUCUUCCACAGAUUUUGGAAAUGUGAUAGAAAUUUCUGCUGAAAAUUUCAACUGAGCAUGACCCAGGGAGGCAUGCACGGUGGUGGAGAGCUUGAUCUUAAAAACAGGCUUAUUUUCUAUUUCCUUCCAUUGUAUUUGAUGGCACAGCACUUUGGACAGUGUGGAUGGCACAGCACUUUGGGCAGUGUGGCCAGGUAGCCAUUGUUUUACUCAUAUUUUAAGAGAAAGCACCAGCCAGACUUUUCCUCUAGAAGCAGUCAUGCAGCUCAGAUGCUAAAAUUAAUCCCUUAACUAAUGAUCCAUAUGAAGUCAUUCUUUUGGUACUGAUGUUAUUGGUCCUGUUCUGGUGACAAAUGCAUUUGCUUUGAAUAAAAUGACUCAACUAAUUUCAUACUCAGAAUCAGAAGCUGAGCUCUCCAUGCCCCCUGAAAUGCUGGAGCUGUCAUGAUGAGUCUCAAAGAACCCCAGGAAGGAGGAAGAGAGAACUUCUAAAUAAUUCAGCAGUAAGGAAGUUGUCCUCUUAUCAUAACAUUUUCUUAGCGCUCUAGAGUGAGCUCCAUCUGUCUGACAAGUGGAUGACUUCUAACUCUUGAGGGUUCACAUUUACUUUACUAAACAUCUUGUAAAUAAAAUACAAUUUAUGUUUCCAGUGUGGGGAUAAAGGAGGUACACCUCUUACAAGAUGAAUUUAUCCUAUACCCACUUUUGAGACAUUAAUCACAUAUGGAUUGAAUUCACAAGGACUUUUCUCCUCCAGGAAUAAUGGACCCUAUCACACUGAAAUACAAACAGCUGGAAUUACAUUUGAUUUUCAUCAAGUAUAUUUGAAUGAUCUUUCAAAUGGCAGCAGUAUCAAUGCUCCUUGUCAGUAUUUCCAAAAACAGUUUCUCAUGUUGUGGUUUCAUGGCUCUUUUAAUUGCAAAUUAGGCUAACCAGAUUCUUAUGCUGCUUUGGGGAAAAAAAAAGAAAAAAAAUACCUCCCACAGAAAUGUCUUUGAGAACUUAUAUAAGUGAGGGUUCCAUAAAUAUGUAAGCCAAAAGAUUUGAUUUGGUUAAAGAGCUAUAGAAAACUGAAGUUUUCAACAGUCCCAUUCCUGUGCUAUCACUGGUUUUCCCAAAUUGCUAGCAAUGAGCUUUUGGUGUGAGUCCAAGUUAAACUCUGCCAUCCUUCCUCGGAUUCCUUCAUAGGCUAAGUAUCAAGCUGAAACUUCCCUCACUCAAGAGCCUGUACCUUUACUGACAUUGUGUCAGUGUUUUACUUUCAGCAACACUUCCAUCCUCUUCUUGGGAAUGGUCUUUUCUGUGCGUUACAGUCCUAUUGAAGGGCUGUGUAAGAAUCUACUGAAGACUUUUCAGCUAUGACCUUGUGGCCCUCAAGUGGGUGUUCAAGUUUCUCAAGAAUCCUCAAACAUCCAGAGUAAGAGCUACGAAUGGAAAUGCAAGGCUGCUGAAAAGGAGAGAAAACCAACAUUAAAACAUCCGAAAAAUAUGCUUGCAAAUCUGUGUACCAUUUCAGAAAUGAGUCUAAAGGGAUUUCAUCCAUCAAACGGAACAAUAUAAUGACUUUUGAUCUCUACUAAAGUGGUGAGAGAAUGGAAAUAAGAAAAAAAAAGAAGGAAAAAAAGCAGUAGAGAAGAGAGAGAAUGAAGGAAGCUGAGUCUGGAGACUGUCUUUCCUGCUGACGGUGAAUGAAGACUGCAAUAUUCUCUGCUGCAAGUCCAUCUGCUCUUGAACCUCUCUUAAAAAGAUCUAUCUAACAAUAUUCUUCCUUUGGAGUUUCCAGUGCUGCUUAUGAAGACUUGAAAGCAGACUAUUCACAUGCUACAGAUAUGAGAAGUGAAUCAUCAAGGAUCACAGCUGAAAGCUUUGAAGAGGUUGAUAUGGUUGGGGUACACAACCAGCAGUGGAAUAACUGGAGAGGAGGGUUGAAGCAAAAAUGAGGAGUGUACCUGUUGGCUGUGGUUACUAUCUUGGACUGUGCACUACUUUGACCGAAUUUACACAGCUUCUGGAUAGAAUCUGCUCUACUCUGCCUCCAGCCUUGGUAAGGUAGGGCAUUAUAGGAAGAGAGAUUUCGGUUUCUGGAAGACAAGUAAUGAUGUGGAAGGAGGAGGAAGACAAACUUGGUCAUCUAAGAAUGCAAGUUCCCAAGUGAAACUCCAGAAAGACAAGAGAGAGGAUGUCUGAACCAACGAGCACCGACAGAGAGAAGAAACGACCUCCCCUGAAUGGGAGAAGAGCCCUCCCAUCAAAUAACUCCAAUGCUGAAGAAAAUGAUGUCCCUGAAAUGGAUGCUUUUGGUCUGAUACCUCGAGGAUUUAAUCCGAAAGAUUACCUGCGUGUUGUGGAUAUUCAUAUGUUCAAGGAACCCAAUGAGAUCAACAAGCAGCAACACCACACCGACAAGUACUACAAUCCCAAGCUGAUAGUGCGUCGAGGACAGCCUUUCCAAAUCCAGAUAGACUUCAGCCGACCCUAUGAUCCAGAGAAAGACCAGAUCUGGCUGGAGUAUUUGAUAGGUCGCUACCCACAACCAAACAAAGGCACCUACAUCCCGAUCCUCAUAGGUGAUGUGCUGAAACCUGGAGAGUGGGGAGCCAAGAUUACCCACAGGGAGAACAACUCCAUUCGCCUGUCCAUCAUGUCCUCUGCUACCUGCAUUAUUGGGAAGUUUCGCCUUUACAUUGCUAUCUGGACUCCCUACGGCAUCAUCAGGACACACAGAAACUCGGCAACUGACACUUACAUAUUGUUCAACCCCUGGUGCCAACUGGAUGCCGUGUACCUGGAUGACGAGAAGGAAAGGGAAGAAUAUGUCCUGAAUGAUGUUGGUAUUGUUUUCCACGGAGACGUCAAUGAAGUGAAAUUAAGAAGCUGGAGUUACGGUCAGUUUGAAGAAAACAUUCUGGAUGCUUGCCUUUUCCUGAUGGACAAGGCGGAACUGGAGUUGUCUGGGCGUGGAAACCCGAUCAAAAUCUGCCGUGUUGCCUCUGCAAUGAUCAAUUCCAAGGACGAUAAUGGUGUUUUGGCUGGAUCAUGGGACAAUCUCUAUGAUUAUGGAGUCCCACCUUCGGCCUGGACGGGAAGUGUGGACAUCCUCUUGGAAUAUUACAGUUCUAAGCAGCCAGUGCGAUAUGGACAGUGCUGGGUCUUUGCCGGUGUCUUCAACACAUUUUUGAGGUGCCUGGGGAUACCUGCAAGACUCAUUACCAAUUAUUCUUCUGCCCAUGACAACAAUGCCAAUUUACAGUUGGACUUCUUUCUGGAUGAUGAAGGGCAGGUGGACAACAGAUUGACCAAAGACUCUGUCUGGAACUAUCAUUGCUGGAAUGAAGCUUGGAUGACCAGACCUGAUCUUCCUGUUGGUUUUGGAGGAUGGCAGGCUGUUGAUGGUACACCCCAAGAAACCAGUGAUGGUAUGUACAGGUGUGGCCCAGCAUCAGUUCAGGCCAUUAAACAUGGUCAUGUUUGUUUCCAGUUUGAUGCUCCUUUUGUCUAUGCUGAGGUGAAUAGUGAUAUUAUUUACUCAAGAAUGGGAAAAAAUGGAUCCCAAGUGAUAGAAAAAAUAGACACAACCCAUAUUGGGAAGCUGAUUGUGACCAAGGGAGUCGGAAAUGAUGAUAUGGUAGAUAUUACCGAGAACUACAAGUUCCAAGAAGGCUCAGCAGAAGAAAGACUGGCUCUGGAGACUGCUGUAAUGUAUGGUGUUAAAAAACAAACUACACAACCCACCACAUAUCAACCACAAAAGGAUAUUGAGAUGGAUCUGCAAGUGCAAAAGGCGGUCCUUGGCAGUGACUUUAAAGUCACUAUAAUACUCAGGAACAAGAGCCGCAACUCCUACACUGCUACUACAUACCUUUCAGGCAACAUAGUCUUUUAUACUGGUGUCACGAAGAGUGAAUUCAAGAAACAUUCUUUCAGUGCAAAACUGGAACCUCUUUUGUCUAAUACUUUCGAUGUUAUGAUCACAUCAGCCGAGUAUCUCAAUGACCUGCUGGACCAAGCCUCUUUUCACUUCUUUGUGACAGCACGGAUCAAUGAAACAGGGAAGGUUCUGGCUAUGCAGAAGGCAGUGGUCCUGGAAAUCCCCACCCUGAAAAUAAAGACUAAAGGCCAGAUGGUCGUUGACAGAGAAAUGUCUGUGGUUGUGGAGUUCACCAACCCUCUGAAACAAACCCUGGAGAAUGCCACACUCCGCCUCGAGGGCCCCGGUGUGCUGAGGACAAUGAAAAAGGAGUUCAGGCAAAUCCCAGCAAUGUCUACCUUGAUCUGGGACGUAAAAUGUAUCCCAAAACGACCAGGGUUACGAAAGCUGAUUGCAAGCCUGAACUGUGAUGCUUUGAGGCACGUGUAUGGUGAGCUGAAUAUCCAGGUUCAGAAACCAUGAAGCAAGGUGCCAUCUUCAUCCUUUCAUUUUGCUCUCAUGUUGCAAAAUACCACAUUAGAGGAGGAAAAAGAGACAGUGGUAGAAAUCUGCUUUUUGCUAUUUUGAUCAUCUUUGAGUUCCACUAAAUUCAAUAAGGAAAAGUAAAUGGCGACAGAGGGGAGAGCAUAAAAAGAAAUCUGUAUGGGGAAUGAUUCAAAAUUAGAUACACGUAAUCAAAGGCAAUUCUAGGCCAUAUUAUUGCUGUAGUUCACUUGUAUUUAUGGUCUUUUGCAGUAGUGCUGCAAGGGAAUCCAAAAGGCUCCAUUCACCAAAGUAGUCUGAACUUUAGUUUUAAUUAAGGCCUGAUAUUUCACUGAAAAGAAAAAAAGGAAGAAGCCAGUGUUAUAAAUUCUUAGAGUGAAUUACACAACCUUAUGGUAGAUCGUUCAGGCUGCAAUAAAAACAGGUAUUUCUAGCUAACAGGACUGCUUUAUCUUACAGUGUUAUAAUUUUAGUUAAUGGAGAGCACGCUUUGCUGGAAGCACUUCUUAGGGUUUGAUAUCUCCUGAAUAUUCCCAGCUCUCAGUUCUCACUUGCCACUUCACUGUGCUUUUCCCCUCGUUUUUUCAUGUGUCCAUGCACCCAUUUGUAGUCUCUUUUUUGCUUCAUGCCUUCAUCCCAUCCCAUGUGCUGGUAAUAUACUAUUCCUUUUGUUUGAUUGAUGAAAAUUCGUAGCUUUUCAUGCUUCUGCUCGGACUUUGUGACACCAAUCUUGCAUUUUCUGGUCAUGUCUCUUUCAUAUGGUGUGUUCUCCAUUCUUCUCUGCUGUUUCUUCUCUACCCAUUUCUCAUGUGUGUGUGUUCUGGGGAGCUUGCUGCCCGAAGCAGUCCAGGCUCUGCCACCUGGCACAUGGGGCAAAGGAAAGCAGAGUGAGGAGUACCCUACCAGCCCACAAGCCUAACAAACAUCCCAUGUGAACUGUGCCCAAGAGUCCCAAGAAAUCACGGCCUCUACAAAAUCAGGCCCUGUUACAUAGACAACCCUGGGAAGGUUGAGGAACAGAAGCUCAGCUUACAGGAAUAAACAUGCAUCCUGAGGUUCAAAAACUCUGCAAGCUGGUCAGCUUCCUGCCUUGCUUGCAGAAUGUUCCUCUGUGAGGUGCAGUGAGGCCUCCCAAGGCCUUGAUCCUCCCUUGAAGUCUUUCCAGCCUGAAGGGUGCUCUGAGUCUGUGGUUCACACUCCACUUCGUAGAAUCAUUCUGAGCCAUAGACUCCCAUGUGCUAGGGGAGCAAGCCGUGUGUGUGUGUGGUUGUUUCUCAUCCCUCCUGAAAUCCUUCUCAGGACCUUUUUCCACACAAGGCAAAAAUGCACAUGCCACAGUCCCAUGCCCAGCUGUGUCCACUCUCUGCUAGCCACAGUGGGUAAGAGCACAUACCAUACUAACAGCACAGGUGAGAUAACAGUUUCCCAAGAGGUUAAAAGGAACCUCAUGCUCAUUAAACACUGUGGCUUUACUGUGCCAUGUCAUUUUGUGGUCUCAUUAUCAAGAGAGCAGGGGAGACGAUUUACCUUCUGCUCCCCUUUUUGCUGCACAUGGCUUCCUGCAAAACUGGUGACCAGUUGUUAAAAAUAAGUAAGUCCAGGAGGGGAGAAAUGCAGGUUGCCCUUUUGCUGAAGUAUGUGGAGCAAAGCAGAGAUUCACACCACACCACCUCACCUGUUCAGUGAGUAACCCUGGAUUCUGGAACACCAAACCCUUUGGGGCUUUUGCUUCAGACAUGGUGACACACUCAUUUUGUACAGCUUAUGGGACUGCAUUGUACACUCUGCAAUGUCAAAGUCUCCCAGAGAAGUCCUCUGGGGCACAAGGGACAGAACAGUAUGUUGUAAAUGCACAGCGACCAUCUCUGUUAAAUAAUUAAGCAGUCUUACUGGAGUCUACAUCAUCUAAUACAAUUAUCCAUUUUUUGCUCUUGUCUAUAAACCUGCUUUCCAUUCUAAUCUUUUAUUACUACAAUGUAAUAGGAAUUUACAAUAAAGUAUAUCUGAUUGCACUCACA